GCUACUCGCGUGUGAUGUUGUACUGCUACAUAACCUAUAAGAGAUAUAAACAUAGUCAAUUUUUGAUAAUUUUAUUAAUUGUAUUAAUUGUGUAAAAUAAAGGGACAGAAAUAAUAGUGUUUAGAGAAUUAGUCUAUUCAUAAAUAUAAUUAGUUUAAUAUUGUACAAUAAAAUAUGGAGAAGGAUCGGAAACCACGUGUAUUAUUAGAAGAGUAUGGCAUACCAAACAUGGCAGAAUAUUCUUACGAACCGUGGAGCUUACAAAAAUUUAAAGAAACUUUUAGAAUAGAGAUUGUAAAGGAGUCUAAAGAUGAAAAAGAGUUAGAAUUUGAUCUGAUUGGUUGUCAUUCCUCGCUGGCAAAUGCUUUGCGUAGAAUACUUUUAAGUGAAGUACCAACUAUGGCUAUUGAAAAAGUUUUUAUAUUAAAUAAUACCAGUUUAAUUCAAGAUGAGGUAUUGGCACAUAGGCUUGGACUUAUACCCCUUAAAGCUGAUCCUAGAUUAUUUGAAUAUCCAUCUACUAAUGAGAAAGAUGAAAAUGAGGUUAGUGAUCAGGACACACUAAGGUACGAGAUGAAAGUGACAUGUACUUGGAAUCCACAGCCCCCGAAAGACUCUAGACGGCCUAAUGACAUAUAUAGAAAUAAUAAUGUUUAUAGUAGAGACAUUAAAUGGAUACCGAUCGGGCGGCAAGCAGAACUAUAUCCUAGAGGUACAGAACAAUUGGGUGUUUUAGAAGGAGAUAUUUUAGUUUGUAAAAUGAGGCCAGGGCAAGAAAUUCAUGCAUUUAUGCAUGCAGUAAAAGGUAUUGGUAGAGAUCAUGCAAAGUUCUCCCCAGUAGCUACUGCUACAUACAGGUUAUUACCAGAUAUUCAGAUAACAAAAACUGUAAGAGGAGAAAUGGCUCAACGUUUAAAAAGUUGCUUUAGUCCUGGUGUUAUAGAAAUUGUAGAACGCCAGAAAGGCGAUCCAAAUUCACGAGAAGCUGUAGUAAAAAAUGCUCGCUAUGAUAGCUGUUCUCGCAAUGUUUUUCGUCACGACGAUUUAAAGGAUUGUGUGCAACUAAGUAGAAUAACGAAUCAUUUUAUCUUUACUAUAGAAUCUGUUGGUGCAUUACCAUCAGCUAUAUUAUUUACAGAAGCAGUCAAAAUAUUAAAAUCAAAAUGUAAGACAUUUAUAGAAGAACUUGAAAAUCCAUUAUAAUAAAUUUGAUAUCUUAUAUUCUAAGUACAAAAAAAGAAACGUUUUUUUAUAAAUGAUUUAUUGUCAUUAGAACCUCAUACAU